GAGCGGAAGAAAUUUUUGCACGAAAAGGAGGAAAUGCGUCUGCAUCUGGAAGCGGAAAUGACCGAGUUGAAAGCGAAUAUUGCUCGCAUGAAGAUUAUCGAGAAAAGAGCGCAGGCUUCUCGAAAUGAACCAAGCAGUGAAGUUAAAAGCAAAUUACAAAAAAAGUUUAGAGCAGCCGGUGACUUUCAGGAUUUGUCGCAGGAAAAUCAAGCGUUGAAAUCAAAAUUAGCCGAGUCUCACCUUGAACUGGCAAUUAUCAAAUCAGAACUGGCCACAGUUCGAGCCGAUUAUGAAUCGAAGAAGGAGGAAAUGAUCAGUGAUUCAAACGCACUUAUAAAAAGUGCCCAACAAACUCAAAAUUUGCAACGACAGAUCCAGUUGCUGUAG